AUGCUGUCACGACUAGCGUAUUUGCUGAAAUACUCCUCAGAAUCCAAGGACAAGGAAAAGAAGAAGAAGAAGAAGAAGGAGAAGAAGGAGAAGGCUUCUGAUGAAGAUGAUACGAUAAUUGUGGGCCAUGAAAGAAGAGUUGUUAAAGAUACCUUGGAUGAUGAGCCAUACGUUCUAGAACAAGGUGAUGAUGUCAAUGGAGAUGGUGUACCCGUACAAGUAGAAGUUACAAGGGAGUUUAAAGGAUUUAGAAGGAUAGAUACUCAAGAGCUUGUGCAAGAAACCACCAAUGAUGGUGAUGAGCCUAAGGAUGUCCAGCAGCUACAAGAAACCAUAUACAGAGAUAUCAGUGGACGAAAGAUCGAUAUUACUGAGAAAAGAGAAGAAGUAAGACUUAAAAAGGAGAAGGAAUCAUUAGAAAGGGCCCAACGUUCGGACUACAUUAAGAAUGAUGAGAGUCAAGUAUCUUAUAGAGUGGAAAGGAAAAGACUUAAUGAGUUCUUUGACGAUCCGUUCAAAUCAGUACCCACACUGCGAGAUAAUUCAUUGAGUUACAAAGGGAUGCAUUCUGCUAACAGGUUUGGAAUGACUUCUGGGAUACUUUGGGAUGGUAUUAAUCGGUCGAAUGGAUUUGAACAGCUACUUAUGAAGAAGCGACAAGAACAAAAUGUGCACAAGUUGGAGGCAAAAAAUGAAGAAGAAUAUGACUUUGAGUAA